AUGGCAUCCAUCCAAGCUUCGAUCUCAGCGAUAGCACCUGUUGCUGAAUCCCCACAGGCAGCUCCCUCUCACCAACCUUCAGCUCUCGCGUCCGUUCUCUCAGGCUUCCUCUCCUCAGAUUUCAGUAUCCACCAUAUCUCCCACCCUCCAACUCGAUGCGACCCGCUGUAUUCUGCUCCUCGAGGCCAGAAACCACUAACCACGAGACUCACUCGUCAUUUUCUCGCCGUAUCCUCCGUUUCCACUUCUAUUAUCGUAUACGCGAUCGAAGUCCAUAUCUACACGACCCGGUCUUCGACUACCAUUUUUGUCUCGAAAGCUGAUAGCACAGGGUUUCUCCCAAAGCCGACUAACCCUGUGCCAAAGGGCUCGGCAUCUCCAAUUCGUGCUACCACAACCGCUUUCCUCGAAUACCUCAUCACUGAGUACAACCGUCCUGGGAUUCCAACUCAUUUGACACUCUUUGCUCGAGCUCAGGACCAAUACCUCUUCCCUAACUCCAUCAAUAACAAAUCUAAACAUGUUCUUUCCGAUAUUCAAUUGAUCCGUUGGUGGGCACGAGUGUUUGAUCCACUCAUAAGCUCUAUUUCAAACCUUGGCCAUCUCUCGGAGCCACCAAAAAGUUAUCUCCUUGUUCCUGGUCUCGAAGCAACCGACCUUAGAAACGUUAUUCCGUCUAAGGAGUGGAUUCAUGGACACCCUUAUUCACACCCUUUAAAACCUGUCAGGGAAUGCAUUCCUCAAUUUGAGGACGACCCUAAAGCCCGGUUUUUGAAUGAACUUGAGGAGGAAGGAUGGAAAGGCUGCAGGAACAUGAAGGACUUCUGGGAGUUGAUGUCCUUUCGACAAGAGUGUAGUCUGGGGAAAAGUGUGGGUUUCCUAAGUCUGAUUUUUGAAUAUUCGAAGAACAGUGAAGGAAAGGGGAUAGAUGUUUUGAACGGCAGUCAAAGUAGCAAAGAGAGCAAGAAAUCUACAAAAUCCCCGAGCCCGUCCGUCUCGAAGAAACGAAAAUCUCCCAAUCCAGAUUCAAAAGACAAUACCCCAAAGAAGAGGAAGAUCAAAUUACCAGACGAUAUCAGGUCUGCAUCCACAUAUACUAUCGCGUCGAUAUUAAGAAACCCGACAACUAGAGAGUUUAUCUUAAGACGGUCUAGCAGGCUGAACAGCCGCUCCAGCAGUUUCUCUAGCACCAAUGCUACUUCCAAUGAUACUGGGAGAAAAGGCAAAGUUAUGAGCCAAAAGGACUAUGACCGAUUGAUGCACAGUUUACUAGAUAGCGAUUUCCAAGGGAAUAAGUGCGCUAGGGAAAGCUCGGAGUUGUGGAUUCAAAUGGCAGGGAAGGAACAGCUGCCUGAUGCCAUAAAGAAAGAUAGUGAAUCGACACCCGUGAAUGAGAACGAACCGAAGGUCAACGUAUUGACAGUGAGGAAGAGAAAGAGUGAGGAAGAAUUAGGCAACGGCACAGCCAACAUAUUGAUACCAAGAAAGAAAUCUAAGGGCGAAGAUAUGCCGGUUCAUAUUCUGCAGCCUCGAAAGAAAUCGGAGAGCACUAGCGCUAGCGAUGCUUUGACGGUGAAUGUACUACAACCCAGGCGAAAAACGGACGAAGUCGCAAAUGCAACACCGACGGUCAAUAUUCUUCAACCACGAAAAAAGGUUAAAGAGCCCGAAAAAGAGCCGGAACCGGUAGUUAAUGUUUUGCAGCCUAGAAAGAAGCCGAAGGCGGGUGAAAACGGAGGGGUUAGCGAUAGACAUAAUGUCACCCAAAACAAAGCCCCAUCUUAG